CAAAAUCCUUGGAAAAAUACCAUCAUUUUCUUUUCUUUCCUUUUCUCUUGCUUUUUCUCAGUAGCCAAUCAUGGGUUGAUAUUUUUCCCCAAAUUUUCGAAUACUAGAGUUGGAUUUUCCAUUUUUUGUUGGGUUAUUUGAAGCCAAAUCCAAACUAAGCUAAAAACUGAUGUUUUUGAAUUGUUUGUCUGAAGUUGAAUCAUCAAGAGGCAAAAAGCGCCAGAAUCCAAUGUCUGUAGUAACAGUAGCCGAAUCAAAAUCAAGAGGCGAUAUUCAGCACUCAUCAACUCCAUUGUGCAGACCAUGGGAUCGAGGAGAUCUAAUGCAGAGGUUAGCUACAUUCAAGUCAAUGACAUGGUUUGCCAAACCCGAGGUAGUAAGUGCUAUAAAUUGUGCAAGGAGAGGUUGGGUCAAUGUAGAUAUGGACAUCAUAGCAUGUGAAGCUUGUGGAGCACGUCUCCUUUUCUCUGCUCCAUCAUCUUGGACAAGGCAGCAAGUUGAGAAAGCUGCAUUAGUUUUUAGCUUAAAGCUGGACAAUGGACACAGACUACUUUGCCCCUGGAUUAACAAUGCCUGUGAUGAGGAGCUAGCACAGUUCCCCCCUGCAACAGUUCAAGAUUUAAUUGAUGGUUACAGAGAACGCGCUUCUGCACUUUUGAAACUUACAGCUCUUCCAAGUAUCUCCUCUGCAGCCAUUGGUUACAUGAGAAGCCCUCAGCUGGAACAUUUUCUUGGACAGUCAUCAAUGUUAGAAUGUGGCACCAUAUAUUCGAAUAUGCCUCAAACAGAAUACAUUGGCAGUCAACCUGAAGCAAUUUUCUAUUUUCAGGCACAAAAGCUCAUAAGUUUAUGUGGUUGGGAACCUCGUUCACUGCCUUAUGUGGUUGACUGCAAGGACCAAUCGUAUCAGCCUGCUAAAGAUGCCAAUCUUUUAAAUUUAUCUCAUGUAGUUGCUAAUGUGGAGAAUCCUUCCAUUAAUAUAUGUUCUAUGCCUGAUGAAAUUAAUGAAGCAAAUGAAGACCCCAUGGCUUAUGGUAAACUGCAAUCUGAUCCAUGCUCUGUUGUUCUAGAUUGCAGGCUUUGUGGAGCCAGUGUUGGAUUAUGGGCUUUCUCUACAGUUCCAUGCCCUGUAGAGUUUUUUAGAGUAGCUGGAUAUUCAGAAGUCAAUGGUGAAAAUAGUUCCUCUCAUUGUAAAGAAAACAUCUUCUCUUCCACUCCUGGUGCUUCUAAAAUCCAAGGAUUUGGCACUGAAAAUCAUGUCAAUUCUAGAGAGGGUACCAUGAGCACUGCAUCAAAUAGCACUAUAUCAUCAAGUGAAAGAUUGUUAAGUCAUUUGACAAUUGCAGGGGGUCCUCCACCAACAAAACAGAACUUCAAAGCAACAAUUUCUUUGCCUGUUAUUGGUCGGAAUUUAAGGGCGCGGUUUUCAUAUGAUUCUGAUUUUAGGGAUCGUAAAUAUCCUAACCAAGACAAAAUUCAAUUUGAUUCCCUUAAAAAGGAUUUAUUUAAGGAGGGAAAUAACCACAUAGAAAACAGUCCUACUGGACAGGUCGUCCAUCCAGAACUCACUGGCCAGCUGAAAAACAAAAGAAAUGAUGGUGAGCCUUGUAAUUCCACAAAUGGUUAUCAAUCUCCCUCUUUGAAACAAAGCAUUAAUGAAGAAGUUGAUGCAACUAGAAAAGAGAAUAACACUGCCUUACCCUUGGAAGGACCAAAAGUUGUUGCACAGGGACUUAGUUUUCCUGAAACUGAUAUGCAUGAUCUCAUUGAGAAAAGUGAAACAGAGAAUGCAGAAAAUGUAAUACAGGGUUCUGUUCAAAAUGACAAGUUGGCUGAUAGCACAGGAAAUGUUGAGAUGGUCAACCCAGCAGUGGAGAAAACACAAGAUGUGAUACAAGGUUCUCAAGUUAGAGACUCUUGCAUUUUAUCUCCAGAUGCUAAUGUUACGACAAAAAGUGGAGAUGAUUGCAAUCUGCAACCAAUACCAGGUAGUACUGAUAUAUUAGGUAAUAACAUAAUUUCAAGAGAUGGCAAUCAAGAGUCUUCGUGUGUUGGCUCUUGUAUGGAGAGAAAUAUAGAUGUUGAUGCGGCCUCUGAAGGAGAGAAAUGCUCUGAUGCGCAAAACAAUUUGGACAUGCAAUUAAAUAGCCAUGGUGGUAAUGUAGACAAGGACAGAGGGCAGAAAGAAGGUUUUGCCUGUGGCAUAGCAAAGGAUCCAAAGCAACUACCACUAGACAAAGCCAUGGAGUUUGAUCCAAUUAGGCAGCACAGACACUUUUGCCCCUGGAUUGCUUCAGCAGACAGUGCAGCACCUGGAUGGAAACAAACACUAUCUGCUUUACAACGCGGGAAGGAAUUUUCUCCUUAUUCACCUUCAAAGUUGCCAUCUCUCUCCAUGAUUGAGGUGGAUGAUCCCAUUGCUUCAAUUAGAAAGCUUUUUGCAUCCCCAUCAGCAAAAAGAAUGAAGCUCACUCAUGGAUCGAGCUAGAACACAAACACCAUCUUGUUGGAUUUGCAGGAUGUUAAGUGUGCAUAGUUGUUGAGCUUGCAGGCCAUCCCAUGUAUUGUCUUGCAUUGAGUGUUCAGGGAUUCAAAAUCUGUUUUCACACAUCGGGAACUGUAUAGGAUGUUAUGUACUUGAGACAUUUUUAUCAGUGUGUAGUCCCUCUUGAGACCCAUAUGUUGUGUCAACUGCUAUAAAGCAUAUGGCAACAGCAACAAGCUCAUCACUGCCCGACAUGUUUGUUAAAUCCCAUAGUCAAGCAUGGUGAUGCAUACUUCUCUUCCCAGGGGAGAUUCAGGAUGUAUGCAUCUUUUUCAGAUACUGACAGCCUCAUUGAUUUUCUUGCCUUUCUUGGCAGCAGUUUUGCUCGCUUCUCCACCCAUCUCAGCAAUAGUAGAGUCCAGUGGAGAAGAUAUAUCAUGAUCCUAACAACAGGUCUUGUGCCCCUGUUGAAGCCGCCACCAAGAACACGAGCCUCCUGAACCUGGGCCAAAACUUGGAUGUAAAAAUGGCUUCCAAAGCCAGUAAUGCCAGUAAUCCUUGGGUCUUGUCUUCUCCAGCUGCCUCAUCCAUCCUUGGGACGGUAAGCCUCUUCAGCAACCAGUUCAGGGUCCUUGCAGCCCAGUUUUGCGGAUAACUUGGGAACCUGAGCUUGCAGGGACCCCAGGUCUCGAGUAAGUUCCAAGCCCUAUAUCUAUGUUUAUGAAUUUGUUGAGACGAAUGUGUCUGUUCUAUAUAUAGCCGGCAGCAAGACUUUGGUUCCUUUUACUAACUUCUUGUUGAGUUGACAAGUCUCUGGGGUUAUAAAUGUGCAUCCAUCUUUCUUUCAUU